UCAUUAAAUGCCUCUUUUAUUACAAAUCCCAUUGCUUAAAUCUCUUCUUCCUCUCUAACAAUUCUUUCACAUUUUCUUCACUAAAAACCUCUCAAAGAACUCAACCUUUUUCACUCUGUCUUAUCAAAAAGUUUGAAUCUUUUUGAGUUUUUCUUGUUGUUUUCUUGAAAACAUGAAUUGGGUUGUUGUUGAAAUUCAUGAAAGUUGUAAUCUUUUACAUGAAAAACACUUGAAACACUGAAUCUUUUGUUCAUUUUCUCUUGUCACAAAUCAGAAAGUUUGAAUCUUUUUGAGUUUUUCUUCAAGAUAUCAAAUGGGGUCUUGUUAGAAUUCAUCAAAGUUUUGUGUUUUUCACAUUUCAUCAAUCCUUUGAGUCUGUUUUCCAUUAAUGUUCUUCCUUUCCUUCUGUCAUAAAGUCAAAAAAAAUUGAAUCUUGCUGAGUUUUUUUCUUGAAGAUAUCAAAUGGGGUUUUGUUAGAAUUCAUCAAAACCUCAUAAAGAUUGAAUCUUUUGUUCAUCCAAAGUAAAAAAAAUUGAAUCUUGCUGAGUUUUUCUCUUGAAGAUAUCAAAUGGGGUUUUGUUAGAAUUCAUCAAAACCUCAUAAAGAUUGAAACUUUUGUUCAUCCAAAGAAAAAAAAAUUCAAUCUUGGUUGAGUUUGUCUUCUUGAAAACAUGAAUCAGCAAUUAUCCCUCCUUCAACCACCUCCACCCCCAUUUUCUACUCAUGAUUCUAGUGGUGGUGGUAUUUUCAAUUUGAAUAACAAGGUUAGUCCAAGUAUACUUCUAGUCAUCAUUAUUCUUGCUAUUAUCUUUUUUAUAUCUGGUUUGCUUCAUUUAGCUGUAAGAUGUCUAUUAAGGCCAUCAAAUAGAGAUCCAGAUGAUUUAGAUAAUGUAACAGCCCUUCAAGGGCAAUUACAACAGCUAUUUAACCUUCAUGAUGCUGGUGUAGAUCAAUCAUUCAUAGACACACUCCCUGUGUUUAAUUACAAGUCUAUCAUAGGUGUCAAGGAUCCCUUUGAUUGUGCUGUUUGUUUGUGUGAAUUUGAGUCUGAUGACAAACUUAGAUGGUUACCAAAAUGUAGUCAUGCUUUUCAUAUGGAGUGUAUUGAUACUUGGCUUUUGUCACAUUCUACUUGUCCACUUUGUAGAGCUAGUUUAUUGCCUGAUUUCUCUUCACCAUCACAUAACAAUCAUACUUGUUCCCCUGUUGUGUUUGUUCUUGAAUCUGAUAGUGGAAGUUCAAGAGAAAACAGCAACACUAAUAUUGUUCCUAAUAGUCAUGAAUUGAUUGGUUCAUUGAGGAGGAACAAUUCAAUUUCAAGAUUGAGUUUGAGUAGUUCAAUCUUUGAUGACAACAUUAGUGUUUCUGAUAUCGCGAAAUCUUGUGAUGAAAUCCAACUGAAAGAAGGGGAGAUUGUUGAAAAAGUUGUGCAAGUCAAACUAGGGAAAUUCAAGAAUGUGGAUCCACAAGAACAACAUCAUGUAGGUAGUGUUGAUGAACAUGAAGGGAGUAGCAAUGAUAUUGAUUCAAGAAGGUGUUUUUCGAUGGGAUCAUUUGCUUAUGUAUUAGAUGAGACCACAGCUUUACAUGUUCCGAUAAGGAAAUCACCGUCAAAGAAGCAAGCAAUCAAGAAGCUAAAUCAUAGACAAGCAAUGUCUGAAUGUGGUGGAUGUGAUUCAACAAGAUUUGAGGGAUUCAAAUUUGCUGAAAAACCAAUGAAUAGCAACAAGAUUCUUGAACAAGGGAAAUGCAAAAGAGAGAGCUUUUCAAUAUCCAAGAUUUGGUUAAGGGGAAAAAAUGAUGAGAGUACUAAUCCAAGAAGGGCAUUUUCAUUCCGGUUCCCGGCCAACCAGAACAUUCCAGUCGCGGCACAGCCAGAUGACUCUGGCUCUGCCGCGACCAAGAAUGGUUGUAGGAGGACAGUCUCAGAGAUUGAUCUUGGUACAUGGGAAAACAAUGUAGGAUGUGAUGAAGAAAAUCAAUGUUCCAAUAGAUUGGAAUAUCAACCAAAGACACCAUCUUUUGCAAGAAGAACACUUUCUUGGCUUAUGGGAAGACAAAACAAAGUUGUGCACUCUUCUUACUCAUCAAAUCUCUAGUUUUUUUUUAAGUAUCUCAAUACACAAAACAUUUAGUAUAUUGUGUAUCAAAUUGAUGGAUUAGUAUAGUAUAGAUGAACAAUUCUUUUAUCAAGAUGUCAUGCUUAGUGGAUUUUUGGUAUACUAUACUAAAUUUUCAAGUUAUUUUCCAAUUAAUUUUUACAGCUGUUCUUUUGUCAAUGUGUAUUUAUGAGACAGUUUUGGUAGUAAUGUUAUUAAGGCUAUUAAAGAUGA